GUUGUUUGGUUACAUCAAUCCAAAACAAAAAAGCUUCCCACAGAUAUUCAAAGUUUGUGGUUUUAGGUUCACACAGGCCUUGUGAGCCUGUGUUCAGAUAGACAAAGCAAAACAGCAAAAUGUAAAAAGAAAAAAAAUGAAACCUCCUCAUUCAUUUCAAUCUGACCACUGCUUUCACAGCAGAGGCUCUGGCUAAAAAAAAAUGCAAUAUUGUAUGGCAAAACAAAGAGGAAAAAAAUUAAACCAACUUUUGCUGCAACCAAAUUCAGCAUCAUCUGGCAACGCACUACAUCAGGACACAUUCUAACAUACUGCGAUAAAUACACACUAAUGUGCAUCAAAUCCAUAUUAAUCCAUGCCUGAAAAUGUCCCCCAACAAAUUUUUGAGAAACAAACUUAUUGGUUGGUUUUAGUCUAGAAUUUCAUCAGACUUAAAAGUAGCUUGAUAUAAGCAUCAGUCCACUCUCUUUUGUUCUACUAAGCAUGAAAACUAUAAUCAGCUUCUCCUUUAUGCUUUAUGUUGAGAUUUCUUGUUGAAGGAGAGUGUUUUAAUGUUAUUGUGUGACUAUCAUCACUCUCACAUGUAAAACUGAACUAACAAAGGGAACACUUCUCAUCAUCUCAUGAGAAUAUUCUGACAGUGAAAGCAGCAUUAGAAAACAGUGGAGCAAGGAGGGCAGGUCCCUUCACCUAAACCACAAACUAACACAACACUCUAAAGAAAAUGAGCCACUGGAACCACAGCUAGUUAAACAUAGAGAGAGAUAGGAUGAAAAUAUUUUCGUUAGAACAAGGAGGAAGGAGCUGACCUGGACAGUCAGGUGUAAUCUACGAGUGCAGAGAUAUUUAAAGCUCAGACUGGAUCGAGUUCAUUUAUUUGUGCAUGAGGAGGCAGCUGGAGACAGUGAGGUUAUUUGUGAGGUCAAUUUGAAGGAUGUUUGGAUAACUCUUUAUUUACUGUACAGUUACGUCUUAUUCUCAGCAGAGAAAUAAGGUAAAAAAAAAAAAAAAAAAAAAAAAACAUCUAACAUCCUUAAUCACUCAGUGGCAGAAAAGCAGAAAAACAACCAGAUGUGAUUCGUUGAGGCGGAAGUUUAGUUUUCUGUUGCAAAGUGAAGUCCAACUUCCUGGUGACUGUUAGUAGAAAAAGAAAACUUCUCUGGACUUCAACAGAAUGGAUCCUUUUGAGAGUCCUGCAACCGAGCGACGAAAGGCUAAGACGAUGUUUGGCCUGAAAGUGAAGAAAAAGAAGAAGAAAGUCAACACAGACCUGGUUCUGGCAAACAAAGGAGCUGUGGACAGUGAGACAGAGGCACCCUCAGAAGCGUCUCCCCUGCUGGAGGGAGAAAACACUGAAGAUCAACCAGGAACCUCUGCAGUCAGAACCAGAGUAAUACCAAACAACAAGAGGUCCAAAUUGAAUACUCACAUCCAAGACAGUGAAGGGAAACCACAGAGCUUCCAGAUUGCCAUUAACAUCACAGAGGCCAGACAGCUAGUGGGGGAAAACAUUGACCCCAGUGUUGUGAUUGAGAUCGGUGAUGAGAAGAAACAGACAUCGGUCAAAGAAGGAACCAAUGCUCCCUUUUACAAUGAGUAUUUCGUGUUUGACUUCUUUGCCCAUAAAACGGUCUUCUUCGACAAAGUUAUCAAGCUUACUGUGAUGCACUCUAAGAUGCUGAGGAGUUUCUGUAUUGGCUCCUUUAAGCUGGAUGUGUGGACAGUCUACAAACAGCCAGGUCACCAGUUUAUCAAUAAGUGGGCAAUGCUGACUAAUCCCGGUGACAUUAGCACUGGGGUCAAAGGUUAUGUCAAGUGUGACAUCAGCGUCUCAGCAAAGGGAGAUAACAUGCAACCAGGUCCAAAAGCGAGUGAUGCUGAAGAGCAGAUAGACAAGAACCUCCUGAUACCAGAAGGUUUUCCUGCUGAACGACCCUGGGCUCGUUUCUUUGUCAAGGUGUAUCGAGCUGAAGGCCUUCCCAGGAACAACUCCAGCAUCAUGGCCAAUGUCACCAAGGCCUUCAUAGGAGACAACACAGCACUCAUAGACCCAUAUGUAGUGGUCAGCUUCUUCAAAAAAGUGGGUCGCACAUCCACUCAAAAGUCCACAGCAGACCCAGUGUGGAACGAGCAGAUUGUCUUCACAGAGAUGUUUCCUCCUCUGUGUCAGAGACUGAAGAUCCAGGUCUGGGAUGAGGGAAGCAUGAAUGAUGUUGCCAUAGGAACCCACUACUUUGACCUGAGACGUGUCUCCAACGAACAGGAUGGUGAUAGAGGGUUUUUACCAACUUUUGGUCCUGCUUGGAUCAACCUGUAUGGCUCUGCCCGAAACUUUUCACUUGGUGAUGACACAGUGGAGCUUAAUGAGGGCAUCGGAGAGGGUGUGUCAUACAGGGGGCGGGUCUACAUGGAGCUGGCAGUGGAGAUCCUAUCAGGAGGCGCGGGUGCAGAGUCCAAACUCAGCAAAAUGAUCAAGCCCACGAAAGAUGUUAAAGCAGGAAAAGCUGGAGGGAAGGAUGGUAAGACUGCUGCAGGAGGAGCACCACCGGAGGAUGAUGACAAAGGGAAAAAUGUUGCAGCAGAGGUCCUGCCCGUGGAAUCUCCUCCUGUGCUGAAUGCUGACAACAACGAGAGCUUCCUGCUGUUUGGAGCGUUGUUUGAAGCCACCAUGAUUGACAGAAAGAUUGGUGACAGACCAAUCAGCAUUGAGUUUUCCCUGGGCAACUUUGGUAAUGUCCUAGAGUCUACAGGCCAGGGACAGGGCCAGGGCCAGCCUAGCAUCAGUGUCACUGUCAGUCCUGCUCCAAGGAGAAGAGGGCUUGACGUCCCAGACACCAGUGACAGCUUCGGCGGCCCCUCUCUGAGCACCUCCCCUUCCUCCCCGUCUUCCCCCCUCCUACCCAGAGCUUCUCAGGACACUGCUUCGACUUCUGCCUCCAACAAGUCCACCACACCUCCACAGAAACCGCUCAUCACUGAAGGAAACAGGCACUACAUGUAUCUACCCCUGGAGAAUCAGAAGCCAUGUAUUAAUGUGCUGAGUCAGUGGGAGGACAGAACUUAUCGACUCUACAACUCCAAUAUGCUGGAGAAUAUAGCUGUUCUGUUUGAGGAUGGUGUUGCCAGUGCAGAGGAGCAACACAAGAGGGCAGAUCCUGGGGCGGAGGAUACACUCAAAACCACUGUGAGAGAGUUCUGUAUGGAUGCCAGGAGUUUCAUAGCAGCAGCAGAGGCCAAGUUGAAAGCAGAGCUAAAGUCCAGUUACCUGACACAACUGGAUAAGAAACGCCUUACCCUGUGUACACAGGAGCUGGAGAGUGUGAUUGGGGAUGCCCAGUCCUUGUUAGAGAGGAAGAAGAAAGCUGGUGGUGUGAAAGAAAUGCUGCAGGAUGCAAUAAAACUCACACACAGAAUACGCUUUCUUGUGGAGGAGCCCCAGCACACAAUACCAGAUGUGUUUGUGUGGUUGCUAAGCCAUAACAAGCGCAUUGCGUAUGCUCGGGUUCGAGCCAGAGACCUGCUGUUCUCUAGCAGCCAGGAGACCAGAGGAAUCCACUGUGGCAAGAUAAUAACACUGUUUCUGAGGCCUCCAGGGAAGCGUGUUGCAGGCUUAUCAGUCCAAGCAAAGCUAGAUGUGUAUCUGUGGCUUGGAACCUGUUUAGACUCUGGCUCUAUGUUGGACGACUUGCCUGCAGGAUUCACUCCGGCCUCAGGGGGAGUUGAUGCCAGCAACCCUCCAGCAUACCUUGUCUCCGCAGAGCAGCAUCAGUUCCAGCUGAGGUGCCACAUGUAUCAGGCUCGUGGUCUGAUCGCUGCCGACAACUCCGGCCUCUCUGAUCCUUUCGCACGUGUUACCUACCUGUCACACAGCCAAACCACCAAUAUUAUCAGUCAGACUCUCAGUCCUACAUGGAAUCAAUGUUUGCCCAUGAGCCGCCUGCUGCUGAGUGGAGAUCUGCAGCACAUCCAAAAGGAGCCGCCACGCAUCAUCAUUGAGGUCUACGAUGAUGACGCACUGGGCAAGGCAGAGUAUCUAGGAGCCACAGUAGCAGUGCCUGAGGUUCGGUUGUCCUCUGAGGCCUACACACCUCCAAUGCUACAAUACAGCCCGCUGCACUGCGGCAGCCAGCCAGGAGGAGACCUGUUGGCUGCAUUUGAACUGCUGCAGAUCCCAGAGUCUGGAGACCAGGAUCUGCCGCCGUUAGAGGAACAGGAAGGCAUCUAUACGGUUCCUGCCAACAUCAGACCUGUUCUCAGCACCUACAGGCUAGAGGUGUUAUUCUGGGGUCUGAGGGAGCUAAAGAAAGUUCAGUUCCUGUCUGUUGAUCGCCCACAGGUCUUUAUAGAGUGUGCAGGUAAAACUUUGCGCUCUUCCGUCAUUCAGAAGUACAAGUCCAACCCAAACUUCACCAUUCUGGUUGAUGCCAUAGAGCUGGAGUUGCCAGAGAAUGAACACCUCCAUCCUCCUCUCAGUAUCACUGUAGUUGAUUGGCGGGCCUUCGGCCGGAGCACACUCGUUGGAAACCACAUCAUCAACAACCUCAAGGCCUUCAAAUACAUUCCACCUCCAGCCCUGCCGGCUCCCAUACAGACACACAAGCCUCCCGAAGUCACCUUUACCCCUGGACCCGCAUUGACACCAGAGCCACAAAGCACUGAGGGACCCUUGCAGCAUCCUGGAGAGCCCAGUACUGCUGUAGCAAUAACAGAUCAAGAUUUCCUUAUCACUGUGGAGGAUGAAGCCCCUCCUCCAGCCCCGCCUCCAGCCCCGCCUACCCCGAAGCAAGAAACCAGGAAGAAAAAGGAGAGCGGCACAAAGAGCACUCGUGGGCGUUCCACCAAGCGGAGGAAGCGAACUAUUGCUGACGAAUCAGCAGAGAGUGUAAUUGACUGGUGGUCCAAAUACUAUGCGUCUGUAGAGAAAGAGGCUAAGCAGAAGGACGGCUCCCUAAUCCCCCAGGUCCUUGGAAAAGCUACGCCGUUCCACAGCUUGCUCAGCGAUGGAAUAGACAAUUUGGUCUCAGAUGGAGACAAGAAGAAACAACAUAAAGGAAAAGGAACCCUGGAGCAAAAUCUUGGUCUGCCCACUAAAUUAGCCACACUCAAGCUGUACGACAGGGAGCUGGAGGUAGACUUUGGGCCAUUUGAUGAUUGGGUGAAAACAUACGAGCUGUUCAGAGGGAAAGCCAAUGAGGAAGAUGGGGCGACUGAUGAGAGGUUCGUUGGCAAAUUUAAGGGGCGAUUCUGCUUGUAUAAGCUUACAGAGGAUGAGGCAGAGGACUGGGAUGAAGUCGCAGACUCUGGGCACUUCAGAGUCAGCAGAGGAAUCCCUUCCAAUGGCUCCGUCCAAGUCCUCAUACGGGUUUACAUAGUCUCUGCAUCUAACUUGCACCCCGCUGACCCUGAUGGGAAGGCAGACCCUUAUAUUGUUCUUCGCCUUGGCAAAAAUGAAAUCAAAGACAGAGACAACUACAUUCCUAAACAGCUAAACCCUGUCUUUGGAAGAUCUUUUGAGAUUCAGGCUAAAUUUCCGCAGGAGUCUCUACUGUCGGUGCUAAUCUAUGACUAUGACUUGGUGGGAGGGGACGAUCUGAUAGGAGAGACACGUAUAGACCUGGAGAACCGGUUCUACAGCCAACACAGAGCCACCUGUGGACUCCCUACAGAGUACAGUCUUGAUGGUUAUAAUGCCUGGAGAGACUGUCUGAAGCCAUCAGAGCUGUUGUCUAAGCUGUGCAAAGACAACGGUCUGGAUGGUCCUCAUUUCAGACCGGGACGUAUCACCGUGGCGGACAAAAUCUUCACUGGCAAAACUCGCUUCAUGGUUGAAGACCAGCCAGUGGAGUCCUAUGAGCACUUGUCUCUGAAGAUCCUGCACCGCUGGGCUGAGAUUCCAGCUGUUGGAUGCAAGCUGGUACCAGAACACAUCGAGACCAGAACUCUAUACAACAAAGCCCGGCCCGGCAUGGACCAGGGUCAGCUACAGAUGUGGGUCGACAUGUUUCCCAUGGACUUGCCUCAUCCUGGACCUUCAGUGGACAUUUCACCUCGAAAACCAAAAGGGUACGAGCUGCGAAUCAUCAUCUGGAACACAGAAGAUGUGAUUCUGGAGGACAGUAACUUCCUGACUGGUCAGCAGUCCAGUGAUAUCUACAUCAAGGGUUGGCUGAAAGGCUUAGAGGAUGAUAAACAGGAGACUGAUGUGCACUACAACUCUCUGACUGGAGAGGGAAACUUCAACUGGCGCUUUGUCUUCCCCUUCAGCUACAUGCCUGCUGAGAAGGUGAUAGUGGUGAAGAAGAGAGAGAGCAUUUUCUCUUUGGAUAAAACGGAGCAGAAGCUUCCUGCCAUUCUCAUUCUGCAGGUCUGGGACUUUGAGACGCUCUCCUCUGACGAUUUCCUAGGCACUGUGGAGUUAGACCUGCAUGGCUUCCCUCGUGGGGCAAAGUCAGCCAAGUCAUGUAAAGUGGACAUGUUGACGGACGGGACAGAGAAAAUCUCCAUCUUCCAGCAGAAGAGAGCAAGAGGCUGGUGGCCCUUCAGCAAAUCUGGAGAGCUGACGGGGAAAGUGGAGGCUGAGUUCCAUCUCGUGACGGCUGAGGAGGCCGAGAAAAAUCCUGUUGGCCGAGCCCGUAAGGAGCCAGAGCCACUUCCAAAACCAAACCGUCCAGACACCUCCUUCUCAUGGUUUGUCAAUCCAUUCAAGUGUUUCUUCCAUCUGGUGUGGCGAAGCUACAAGAAAUACAUCAUCAUCGCCCUGAUCCUGCUCAUCACGCUGCUGUUCCUCGCCUUGCUGUUCUACACACUGCCAGGAGCCAUCUCUAAUAGGAUAGUAAAUCCACGCCCCUAGACUACAUCCACAAUGCAAUUCUUAACAUCUGUUAAAAAUGAUGAUUGGCUUUUAGAUGUUGUAAAUCCCAUGCAUCCAUUAUAGCUUUUUGAUCUUGUUUGAAUAAAUAUCUGAGAGCCAUAGCGAACUGUUUACAAUAAGAAAAAUCCUAUGUUGCAAGUUUACCAUCAAACUUCAUUCCUUUACUCACCAAGAACUGUCUCCAGCAGUGGAAUGCAUGGAUUUUUUUCAAGUCUCAAAGAGUUAUUGAUCACUGUAGUCAUCUCUCAAUACUAGCUGUGAAAAUAUCCCCUUGCUGUGCCACUUCACAGUACACUGUUCUUGUUCCAUACAAAAAUGGAUUUCGUUCAGUCAAAGCUAAUAUAGAUUCCUGACUUUUUUAUUACAAAAUCUCCUCUUUGACCAUGUUUCUUUGCUGAGCCACCACAGAUGGAUACAUAGCCAAGACUAAAUAGUGUUAAAAAAACCUGCACAUGUCUACCACCAUGACAAUGUGACUUUGAUUUGGCUUGCACCUACUGCUUCAGAUGAACCACAGUACCAAUUUUUACAUAAGACGAGGACUGUGGAUUCUGUCCCCCAUCACAAAGGAGUUGCUUUCGAGCCCUUGUAAAGAGAACUGAUGAUUACGGCGACCAGUAACUUUUUCAACAUGCUGUAUAGUUACCUGAGUGUUGCCAUGAUAGAGAUUUUUAAAAAAUCUGAACCUAUGCUUUCAGCUUGUCCUCAUAAUACAUAUGAUCUGUUAAAGAACAGUUCAACACAGUGCUUACUUUAGUUGCAUUUAUUAUAGCUUAACAAGGUAUCAAGUCUUCUGAUUUUUAUCUGGUGAUUCUCAAUCUCCUGUUUACUCUGCGAGUUUGCCAAACUACAAAAUGAAACGUUUUUCUUGAUAGCAGCCUUGACAUGUUUCUGGCAAGUCAUUCUCUCUUACAGUUUCACAUGCACUCAAAGAACAUGUAGAUAAAUUCUCCCUAUAGCAGUACAUUUUAGUCAAAUCAAACAAUUUUCAAAGUAAAAUGCAUUAAACAUGAUCAUGUACACAAGAAAUACAGCAAAGUGCUUCUGAAGGUUUAUACAUGUACACACUUACAUACAUUGAAAUCCAAAGUACUGAUUUUAAAUAAUUUAUGUUUCCUGUGUAUGGGAAAAUUUAUUUAUUUAAGAUUCUGGAUUCUGAAGUGUUUUUAUUUGAAUGCAUUACAUUUUAUGUAUGAGUUUACAGUAACUUUUGGCCUACUGAUACUGGAUUUGUAACUGAUGUAAAAUGAGAGUAAAAUAUUUCUUACAAGUAUAUAACAGCAAUGAUAAGGUGCUCUGAUUUUUUUGUCUGUACAUAAUGUAUGGGUAGGGAUGACCUGAUGAAGAUCUGCCUUCUAUGCUCAGUAAAGGAGUGAACAAAAUUGUA